CGCCGGCCGGGCCAUGAAUGGGCUGCCCUCGGCCGAGGCGCCGGGCGGCGCUGGCUGCGCCCUAGCCGGGCUCCCUCCGUUACCGCGCGGCCUCAGCGGUCUCCUCAACGCAAGCGGGGGUUCGUGGCGGGAGCUGGAGCGCGUUUACAGCCAGCGCAGCCGCAUCCACGACGAGCUGAGCCGCGCGGCCCGCAUCCCAGAUGGGCCCCGCUACGCUGCGGGCGCCACCAACGCGGGACCCGCCGCCGGUCCCCUCGGCCCGCGUCGCCCUGUCAAUCUCGACUCAGCACUAGCAGCCCUGCGCAAGGAGAUGGUGGGGCUGCGGCAGCUGGACAUGUCCCUGCUGUGCCAGCUGUGGGGCCUCUACGAGUCAAUCCAAGACUAUAAGCACCUGUGCCAAGACUUGAGCCUGUGCCAGGACCUGUCAUCCUCCCUGCACUCAGACAGCUCUUAUCCACCUGAUGCUGGCCUGUCUGAUGACGAUGAGCCUCCUGAUGCCAGCCUGCCCCCGGACCCACCACCCCUCACUGUGCCCCAGACACACAAUGCCCGGGACCAGUGGCUGCAGGACGCCUUUCACAUCAGCCUCUGAAGAGCUGGGGUGGGGGGAACAUGCACCCAUGCAAAAGGCUCAGAAACUCACCCCUUACUAGGUACUCAGACUUAUAGUGCCUGCUUCCCCCUGUCCCACCUCACUUCACAAGAAGGCAAGCCUUGGGCCCCUCAGAGGCAAAGUUGCCAACCCCCUCUCUCGUGACUGGUUAGCUAGCACUGGGGCAGGCAUCUGGGCUACAGCCUUUGCCCCUGGCACUGGACCUCCUCUGCUCCCACAUGUGUGCACCCCAGCUUGGCCAACCUUCAGUCUGGUGGUGGGGCCCAAAGCAUCUGGCACUCCCCUCGACGUCUCUGGGAUUGGGAUGAGUGCCUGGUUCCCAUCUCCUUUUCACCUUUUGCUGCUAUUGGCAGCUGCUGGCUCAGGGGCAUCCCACCUCUGCUCUCUGGGUUCCACUGCUCUAGACCAGGGCAUCCCCAUUCUUGCACCCGCCCACGGCCGGGAGGGCCAAGGCUCCGUGCUGGAUAUUUAAGUUUAGGGGCCAGACUCUUGGGCACAUAGGUAAAUAAAUACUCUCUCUGCGUU